AUGGCGGCUGGUCACAGAAAGAAGCUCGUGGUGGUCGGCUUGGGAAUGGUGGGAAUCAGCUUCAUAGAGAAGUUGCUCAAGCUCGACGCCCGAGCUAGAGAAUGGGAUAUUGUUGUCAUCGGCGAGGAGGCGCACCUGGCCUACAACCGCGUUGGCCUGACGAGCUUCUUCGAGCACAGGAAAGUCGAGAACCUGUACCUGAAUCCCCUGGAAUGGUAUGAGGGUAUUCUGGACAACGCCCUCGGUUGGCACCUGAACAAGAAGGUCACCGAGAUCCAUCCGGAUCGAAAGAUUGUCACAUGUGCGGACGGCACUGAGGUCUCGUAUGACACCUUGGUGCUGGCCACGGGCUCAGACGCCGUGCUACCCCGGCACACUCCAGGCCAUGAUGCCAACGGAGUGUUCGUCUACCGGAACAUCGAGGAUCUGGAGCGGCUAAUCGCCUUCUCUGCCACGAAGAAAGACACCUACGGGGCGGUUGUGGGCGGUGGUCUCCUCGGCUUGGAGGCGGCCAAGGCGAUGAUGGACCUCGAAACAUUCAAGCAGGUCAAAGUCAUUGAGCGCAAUCGCUGGGUGCUCAGCAGGCAGCUGGACAGCGACGCGGGCGCCAUGGUGGUUGAGCAGGUGCGCGCGCUCGGUGUCGAUGUGAUGCUCAGCAGGCGGGUGGGAAAGAUCGACACGGACGGCAACAACAACGUCGUAGGCGUGCACUUCGAGGAUGGCGAGUACAUGCCCUGCUCGACGGUCUGCUUCGCCAUCGGCGUGCGGCCGCGCGACGAGCUUGCAAGAUCGGCGGGCAUUCGAUGUGCAGACCGAGGCGGUGGCAUUGUUGUCAAUGAUGAUCUGAGCACGAGCGAGCCGCACAUCUACGCCAUUGGAGAGUGUGCGAGCUGGCAGAGUCAGACGUUUGGGCUGAUUGCGCCGGGCGUGGAGAUGGCUGAUGUCUUGUCAUUCAAUCUUACUCAAGCGAAACUUCACCAACCUCGGCUUUAUAAGAGGCCGGAUCUGAGUACGAAACUAAAGUUGCUGGGCGUUGAAGUUGCCAGCUUUGGAGACUUCUUCGCUGAUCGUGAUGGGCCUAAAUACCUGCCGGCUCGAGCAGCGAGGAAGAAGAAAGCGGAAGACAAAGCGCACGAUGUGAAAAUACUGACGAAUGGCCUUCCGCCGCCGGAUGUCAAGGCUUUGACGUACAAGGACCCCUUCCAAAAUGUGUACAAAAAGUACAUCUUCACCACGGAUGGCAAGUAUCUACUGGGUGGGAUGAUGAUUGGUGACACAAAGGACUACGUGAAGCUAGUGCCGCUUGUUAAGCAGCAGAAGGAGCUUGACAUUCCGCCGAGCGAGCUUAUCCUCGGCGCGAAGAAGGACGGAGACGACGAUGGUGAUGAUUUGGAAGAUGACACUCAGAUAUGCUCGUGUCACAAUGUGACAAAGGGCGACGUCGUCAACGUCGUCAAAGACGGCACGUGUAAGUCUCUCGGCGAUAUCAAGUCGUGCACGAAGGCCGGUACGGGGUGCGGCGGAUGCAUGCCGCUAGUGACCUCCAUCUUCAACAAGACGAUGAUAUCGAUGGGCAACGAGGUCAAGAAUAAUCUAUGCCCGCACUUCAACUACAGCCGAGCAGACCUCUACAAUAUCGUUUUCGUCAAGCGCCUACGCACCUUGCCCGAAGUAAUGCGCGAGGCGGGCGUCGACCCAGAUAGCUUAGGUUGUGAGGUGUGCAAGCCGGCUGUGGCAAGCAUUUUUGCGAGCUUGUGGAAUAAACAUGUUAUGGAUAAGACGCACCACGGCCUGCAAGACACGAACGAUCGCUUCUUGGGCAAUAUCCAGCGCAAUGGCACGUUUAGUGUUGUCCCGCGAGUUUCGGGCGGCGAGAUCACGCCGGACAAGAUGAUUGUCAUGGGCCAGGUUGCCAAGCAGUAUGGCCUAUACACCAAGAUCACUGGUGGCCAGCGUAUCGACAUGUUUGGUGCUAAGAAGCAGGACUUGCUGGAGAUCUGGAAGACGCUUGUCGAUGCUGGAAUGGAGAGCGGUCAUGCGUAUGCCAAGUCACUACGUACGGUUAAGAGCUGUGUGGGCACGACGUGGUGCCGUUUUGGUAUCGGUGACAGCGUGGGCAUGGCUGUACGUCUGGAGGAGCGGUACAAGAGCAUUCGAAGUCCGCACAAGAUCAAGGGUGGUGUUAGCGGUUGUGUGCGUGAGUGUGCUGAGGCGCAAAACAAAGAUUUUGGCCUAAUAGCAACCGAGAAAGGUUUCAACAUAUUCGUCGGCGGCAAUGGAGGUGCCAAGCCCAGACAUUCGGAAAUUUUGGCCAAGGACGUUCCUCCGGCUGAGGUGAUUCCCAUAUUGGACCGAUAUCUGAUGUUCUACAUUCGCACAGCAGACAAGCUACAGCGGACAGCGCGCUGGCUUGAGGGCCUGCCGGGUGGCAUCAAAUAUCUACAAGAGGUAAUUCUCGAAGACAAGCUAGGCAUCAACGCCUCACUGGAGGCACAGAUGAAGGAGCUCGUGGACAGCUACUUUGAUGAGUGGGCCGAAGCCAUCAAGAACCCGGCCAUAGCUGCCAAGUUCAAGCAAUUCAACAACACAGAGGAAACCGUUGAGACAGUGGAGGUAGAAAAAGACCGCGACCAACCCCGCCCUGUGUUCUGGGCAAAGGAAUCUGCCAAGGAGGAUUUCCAGGGCCUGCGCAGCAAGUGGUCAUUCACCACAUGGCAACCUGUUAUCGAAGCGAGUCACUUCGCAGGAGCGGACUCUUCUCCGAAUGGCGUGAGUGCCACGAUCAAACGGGGUGACACGCAGUUGGCGUUAUGGCGCGUCCGCGGGCGUUACUUUGCCACACAGCAAAUGUGUCCACACAAGCGAGCCUUUGUGCUGUCGGACGGUCUCAUAGGAGAAGACACGCCAGCCACAGAUGAGAAGGGCGAAUCCAAGGGCGACGCUUCCGACAAGGUCAAGCCGGGUGCGCCGUGGGUAUCGUGUCCGUAUCACAAGCGCAACUAUGACCUAUCAAGCGGUAGCUGCAAGAACGACUCGGAGUUGAGCAUUGCGACCUUCGAGGCCGAGGAGAGGGCAGACGGUUUUGUGUAUAUCAAGCUGCCGCCCGUCGAAGAAUUGGACGCUGAGCUAGGCACCAAGAAGUGGAUGGUCAAGAAAGGGGAGACUAAGAGCCAGUUUGAGGAGCUCGACCGCAAGAUCAAGUUCAUCGGGCAGCGGGCAAAGAAGCCCGGCGUAAAACCCCAUGUCGAACUGCCGAUGCGCAAGCCGGUUGAGCUUAUGGCUGGUGGUGGAUGUGGAGCCGCGCCGGACUGGUAA